AGACCCUCUGGUCAGGGCUGACACGUUUUACUCUGAACCCCAGAAAUGCCUUCUAUCAUAUUAUUCAGAUUGCUUUUCAUCGCAAUAAUUUCACCAUCAUUUUCACAAACAAUCACCGAUAUCUCAUCUCCCGAAAGAGAAAAGGAAGUCGAUUACUUUGUCAAAUUUUUGGGCUCAUUUUUAAACGCGACCGUUUUGCAUAACGUUUUUGUAAGACACGCCAUUGAUUGUGGCUUCGAGUGCCAACAGAGGCAAGGAUGUGCUUCGUAUAACAUCGAGCGCCUGGCGAGCAAGGUUCACUUAUCGUGUGUGUUGCUAAAGGCGAGAAAAGGAGAUGUUGGCACCGAGCUACUGGCGGGAAGCGACACAUUUGACCAUUACAGCAAGAUGUCUUGCAUGGCUGAGGGCGGGAUAAUAAGGACCGACUAUUGCAAUAUGGGGAGAACAUGUGGGCACAUCAAAACAGAAUACCCGUCUUCCCCCAGUGGACAUUACGUGAUUGACCCCUCGGGCGAAGAUGGGGAACCCCCAUUCCCGGUAUUCUGUAACAUGACGUCACAAUUCGGUCCUGGCGUGACAGUGAUAGGUCACGACAGCGAAGGUCGAUUCCACGUUAACGGAAACUAUAUGAACCCCGGAUCCUACAAGCGUGAUGUCACCUACAAUCACGUGACGGUCACGCAACUCAAGGAACUGACAGCCAUGUCAAGCCGUUGCGAACAAUUCAUCCAGUACGAGUGUAAAGGGUCCGCUCUUGUUCAAAAGGGCAACUGGUUUAAUUGGUGGGUAUCACGUGAUGGAGAGAAAAUGACGUCAUGGGGUGGUGCUCCGUCGCGUAGCAACAAGUGCGCAUGUGGGGUGACUGGAACAUGCGACGACGCCGCCAAUUCAUGCAACUGUGAGAGCAAUGACAACGUUUGGCGGGAAGACAGCGGGUUUCUUACAGACAAGGAAGCACUGCCUGUCAUUCAACUAAGAGCCGGGGAUGUUGAUGCAUCUAUCGAAGAAGGGUAUUACACACUAGGCAAACUGAUGUGCUAUUAAACACCCAAGAGGAAGUAGAUAAAUUGGUGUCGUAUAGAACGCUAUGAACAUUAUGUAACACACAAGAAGAAGUAGAUAAACUGGUGUGUUACUGAACGCUAUGAACACUAUGUUACACACAAUAGUAAGUAGAUAAACUAAUGUGUUAUUAAACGCUACGAAUACUUUGUAACACCCAAGAAAAAGUAGAUAAACUGGUGUGGUAUUGAACGCUAUGAACACUAUGUUACACACAGAAGGAAGUAGAUAAACUGGUGUGUUAUUGAACGCUAUGAACACUAUGUUACACACAGAAGGAAGUAGAUAAACUGGUGUGUUAUUGAACACGAAGAACAUCAUGCUACACACAAAAAGAUAUAUAUAUUAUAUAUCUGGAUUGACGACGCUUCUAUUAACGUUAUUGAUGACGUCAUAAUCACGUGACCAUAUUGGUGGACCCCCUUUGACAUCAACAUGACACCUACCGAGUUUGGUUGUCAUACGAUGUUUUACUUUUAGUCAUCGAUGACGUCCCGUGAUCAUCUUAUUGCACACCCCUGGAAACAUAAAUGACAACUACCAAGUUUGGUUGGCGAACGAUAUUUUUUUCAUGAGAGAUAUUUUUUAGGAGAUAUGAAUAUAGACGAACACAUUUCACUGUCCCCGCCUUUAACAAUCUCUCUAUUUUUUACCACUAUUCAGCGGACACCGUUGUUACUUUUUACGAGACUUUCUUAUAAUAAUGCCAUGGAAACCCCAAAAGACAUAACCACAGGUAGCCCAGGCUCUCGGCGAUUGUAGGUUUAUUACAGACAUGGCAAGGUCAAACUGAUGCGAAGCACCCUAUCCCGGCUGGUAGAAUUUGGCAUGGUAGAAUUUCCCCACGAACGGCCUAUCGAGCGUCGCUAAGAAAGAUUCUCGCCGCUCAAACGGCAAAACGGGGAUGAAUAGACGAUUAAAAGGUAUGGUUGGAAAGAUAAAUAUGUGUGCUAUGAUUCUGCGAGGUUUAUUUUGCCGUGCGAGUCUGGAUUUCGAAAAGAUCGGUGGAUUUGUCGAGCACUUUGGAAUUUGGCGGUUGUCGGAGUUUGCAACCUUUUCUAUUUUAUAUACAGAAGGCGACGGGAAAAAUUCGCAGCGGCUAAAAAAAUGGCAAAUAAUGGCGGGUUUGAGUAGCAGCAACGUCAAGCUACUGUUUUAUUUUCAAAUCAGCAUAUUUAUUUCAACGAGAUUUGUUCGCUCAUAUAAACUCCUACACUCGCCGUGAGCCUGGGCUACCUGUGACAUAACCACCGACGAUUAUUCACUGCAUAGAACAUUUAUUUUACAGAAUGGUGAAACAGCAACAGUAAGCAAAACACGUGAUUCUUGCUCAGUACAUGUCGCAUAGGAUGAAUGAUUUUAUAAGGUUAUUUUAAUAACCCAAAUUGUUAUAACUACUUUGAGGUCAUAAUUAGUAUUUACGAAACCGUGAUUCAAGUCCCAUCGAGGACGAUUAAACAAAUAUUGAAGACAUUAAUCUGACGCCUUAGUAAAUUUUCCCAUAAGACAUAGUGAACGAGGAACUGCCUCUUCUUUUUGCUGGCGCAAAUGACAUUCUAUAUUCUAAAAAAUUAGCAGGACAAAACAAAAUAAGCGACUAGUUGAACUACGUAGAUCGGGAUCACAGCAUCGCAGUCUCUAAUAUAAUUAGCCUGUACAUCUACGUAAGCUGAAAUUUAACUAAAAUCAAGAGAUCAAUUAAGCACAUCGCAUGACUCACAUAGCAUGUUGUCAUGCCUGACCCCGGGCUAUAGAAUAUUUUGACUCCAUAAUAUUUAAUGUCUAUUUAGUGAUGAAUAAAGAACGUUUUCCCACGUAAA